GUUGGCUUAUUUUUCCAUAUCCAACUUACAUUUAAUGAUCCGAUUUAUUUAAAUUUUUAUUUCAACUGGAGUUUAAAAAAAAAUAUUUUACAGACCGAACGUAACUAAACUCAAAAAGUCAGAAGAGAGAGAGAAAAAUGGACACCUUCACAUGCCCGAAUGAACACACAUCCGAGACAAACAAGAAUCAUUCAUGUCUUCCUUUCUUCUCCAUAUCUCCUCUGCAACUUCCGUACCAAAACUUUAAAAACUUCCUCAGGUUUAUUUAUUUUUACAAUUUUCUCCCGGGAACAAAUUCACUCGUUCCACUAACUCUGUCAAGCCUAUGCUCUUCCACGUCGUUUCUAAUCUCCAAAGACAGAAUCUGUAAACUCCACCAAAAACAUUAUCUUCUUUUCAAAACUUUGUCUCCCUCCUCAAGUUAUUUCUUAUCUCUUCUUUAAUCACACGUAUAGCAUCCAUAACCUUUCUUCUUCCUCUUCCUUAAAGUUUCCAACUUUCUCAAAAGAAUUACUUUCAUUUUCUUCCUCUCUUUCUCACCAUGAGAGGUCUCGCGGCUUGUUACAGCGAACACGCCAUUAAAGUCUCAGACACGUACUGUUCUGGUCCUUCUAACCAUUCCUACAUCUCUCCGACAUUACCUCCUUCCAUCCCCGACACGGUAACCACCACUUAUACAUCCUCCUCCUCCGACAACAAACCCGUCUCUGUUUACCUCACCUGGUCGGAAAAUCUUACCGUCGUGAUCUCGACGGCGGCGAAAUCUUACUCCGUUUCACUAAAGAAACCAAAAGGGUCGAGAAAGUUGACUUCUUCCUCCGGUUCACUCAACGCUGAGAUCAUCUGGGAUCUAACGGAGGCAGAGUACGAGAACAACGGACCUGAACCGAUCAGAGGAUUCUCCGUCGUUGUUGUGGUGAAUUCCGAGGUUUCCCUGAGAGUCGGCGACGUUGACCAGGAGACUCUCCGGCGAGAUACCUCGACGUGGCGGGUCUCGAGAACGGAGAGAUACUCCGGGAGUUGUUGGCUCUCGACGAAAGCUAAAUUCUCCGACAACGGAACUAAACACGAGAUUCAGAUUCAAUGCGGCGGAGGAGGAGGAGGAGGUGGUGGUGGUGGAGAGGAAGGGUAUUUAUGGAAAUUAAAAAGUCCUGAAACGAUGUCGGUUUGGGUUGAUAAGAGGAAAGUGUUUCAGGUGAAGAAGCUUUUGUGGAACUUCAGAGGGAACCAAACGAUGUUCUUUGAUGGUAUGCUUAUUGACAUGAUGUGGGACUUGCACGACUGGUUUUUCAAAGAAACGGCCUUGUCUACUUCGACUUCAUCGUCUAAAACGACGUCGUCCUCGUCCUCUUCUUCCUCCUCCUCUUCUCCUCCGUGUGCUGUGUUUAUGUUCAGGAGGAGGAGUGGAUUGGAUAGUAGAUUGUGGCUCGAGGAAGAUGAAGAAGAGAACAAGAAGAUUGGAUUAAGAGAAGCCAAACAUUCGUUUUCUCUUGUCAUUUGUGUCUCUAAAAAGUAAAAUGUAACAGAAACAAGACAUUUUUACUACUAAUGCAUUGAUUUUUAGCCGUUUGUACCAUUGAUGGUUUUGACAUUAACAUAACUCUUCGUUGUCUGAUUUUAA